AUGUGCAGGCCACCAGUGCUGAAAUGGCUCGUGUUGCACACCCUGCUGAUGCCAAUCUUGGCCAUGCGGGUGAGGGUGCACAGAAAUCCAGUGACAAGAGUCACUGAUUUGUUGGAGCGCUUGAAGGACAAGGUGGAAAAACAAGGCGCAGAUGAAGCCAAGCUCUGGGAGAAAAUGCAGUGCAAUUGCAAAAAGACCACCACGAAUUUGCAAAAGAACAUAGAGCAAGAAGAAACCAGGCUGCCAAUGCUUCGAAGUGACCAUUCUGCCUUGGGAGCGCAGAAAGCUCGACUUGUGGCUGAGAAGGAACGUGCUGUUGCUGACCGCACAGAUGCACAGACAGCACUCUCUUCAGCGGAAGAACUCAGGCAAAAGGAAGCAACAGACUACACAAAGCUCAAGGAAGAGACACAAAAAAAUCUUGCGGCCAUUGGCAAAGCCAUUGCUGCUAUCGAGAAGGGCCUUUCAGGAAGCUUCUUGCAGACCGACGAGGCUGAGGAGCUGCGACAGGUAGUUUCAACUGCCAACCUCAGGCUUUCGGACCGGGACGCCCUUGCAGCACUGCUGGCCGGGGAGAUGCCGCAGAGCAGCAGCAUCGUCGGGGUUCUGCAGAGCAUGCGGGAUUCCAUGGAAGAGGACCAGAGCUCAGCCGAAAGUCGGGAAGCCGGAGCCAAGAGCGCCUUCGAUGGCAUGGCCACGGCGAAGCGAAGUCAGAUAUCUACCUUGGCAUCCGAGAUAGAAGUCAAAACUUCCAGGAUCGGGGAGCUCAGCGUAGACAUGGUGAACAAGCAGCAAGCCAUGGACAGUAGUGCCAAAAAGCUUCAGGACGAUAGCAAACUCCUGGCUGACACCAAGGAGACUUGCGAUCAGCAAGAGGAGGAUUGGCAGGCGCGGUCACAAAGCCGUGCUGACGAGAUGCAUGCCAUCCAAGAGACCUUGAGCCUUCUUGGAGAUGAGCAGGCACGAGAGAUUUUCCGGAAAGCAAUGCCAUCCUCUACGCCAUCGUUCCUGCAGGUCUCCGAGUCGGAAGCAGGCGAGCCACAGUUGGCAUUGCUAGCCUCGGCGAUGCGCUCAGGAAAUAUCGACUUCAAAAAGAUCCAAGACAAAAUCACGGAAAUGAUUCAUAUGUUGAAGCAAGAGCAGAUGGGAGCAGAUCGAAAGUUCAAGUGGUGCAAGGCGGAGCUGCGCAGCUCCAAAGAAACUGCCGAAACGCUGGAGCAGUCUGGGGAGGAUCUAACAAAGAUCAUGGAGGAGGUGAAGGCUGACCAACUGCAAGCGCAGCAGGAUGUUGCAGCUCUCACCAAGAAUAUCCAGGAACUGGACCAGCAGAUGGAUGAUGGUCUUAAACAAAGACAGAGCGAAAAUGUGGAGUACAAAGAGGCUUUUGCAACCGACCAACGUGCCAUCGACCUGCUCCAGCGUGGUAAGGAGCGUUUGGCAUCCUUUUAUGUUUCUGAAAAGCCCAAGAAGAGCCUCUUGGCGCAACAUCGCCUUUUGCGGGCGCGUGCCCAAGGCAUCUCUGGUCUGCAAGUGGCCAGUGAGAGCUCUUCUGUCCUCCCAGAGGGCUUUGGUGCCUACCAGAAGCAGCCCGGCGAUGCUGUCCUGGGCAUGCUGGACAAGAUUGUUGUGGACAUCAAUAAAGACAUGAAGGCAUUGGAGAAGCAGGAGAAGGAUGCCCAGUUGGCAUAUGAGAAGGGCACCAAGGAUGCUCAGAAGGCCCGCGAGGAGGCAACGCGAAGUUUGGCGGAGAAGUCGGGUGUCAAAGCUGGUUUGGAGAAAAGAUUUCAGGGUUUGCAAGUGAAGCAGACAAGCAACGCAGAAGGCAAGGAAAACGCCGAGAAAUAUCUCAAGGCGUUGAAAGAAGAGUGCUACGACCGUGUCAAGAACUACCAGGCGUCCAAAGCCUCCAACCUGGCACGGCAGAAUCGCCUGGACAGCGCCAAGACUUUGUUGGCGCCAAGCUGA